AUGGCGUGGGACCAGCUGUCAGUAGACAAACCUCACUGGGCUUACAUCAUUCUGGGAGGUUUCACCAGUCUGUUCAUGCUUUGCUCGCUUUUCGUGAAGGAGAAGCUCUACAUCGGCGAAGCUACAGUUGCUACGCUUUGCGGUAUUAUAUUUGGCCCGUAUGCGGCGAAUCUCUUUAGUCCGGACACCUGGGGAAAUGUGGAUAAGAUAACGCUGGAAUGCUCGCGCAUUGUCUUGGUCGUACAAUGUUUCGCCGUCGGAGUUGAAUUGCCCAAAUCCUAUAUGGAAAGACACUGGCGCUCCGUCUUCUUUCUGCUUGUCCCAGUCAUGACGUAUGGAUGGCUUAUAACGAGCCUUUUCAUCUGGUGGCUGAUUCCACCUUUGUCCUGGCUUGAAAGCUUAGCAUGCGCUGCAUGUGUCACUGCCACCGAUCCUGUUCUGGCGUCCUCAGUCGUCGGUAAAGGUAAAUUCGCCAAACGCGUGCCCAAGCAUUUGCGAGAUGUUCUUUCCGCCGAAUCUGGCUGUAACGAUGGAAUGGCGUUUCCGUUCAUCUAUCUUUCUUUGAGCAUUAUCAAGUAUCGGCACGUACCUCAUGAAGUCGCUUUGCACUGGAUCUGCAAUACCAUUCUCUACGAAUGUGUUGCUGGUGCUGUGUAUGGCUUUCUUGUCGGGUACAUCGCCCGUCAUAUGAUCAAGUUUGCGGAAAAGAAGAAUCUAAUCGAUCGGGAGAGCUUCCUGGUGUUCUAUUUUGUCCUGGCUUUAUUCUGCGCUGGUUCAGGUAGUACCCUGGGUAUGGAUGAUCUUCUGAUUGGAUUCGCCGCUGGGGUGGGAUUCAGUAACGACGGUUGGUUUACCGCCAAAACUGAAGAAUCGCACGUUUCCAACGUCAUUGACUUGCUUCUCAAUCUUGCGUAUUUUGUUUACUUUGGUUCGAUUAUACCCUGGAGUUCUUAUAAUAUGCCCGAUCUUGGUAUGGUUCCCUGGAGACUCGUUGUCAUCGCUAUACUUGUUAUCUUUUUCCGACGGAUCCCCAUCAUGAUGGCUUUGAAGCCGAUCAUACCGGAUAUAAAAACAUGGCGGGAGGCACUCUUUGCUGGCCAUUUCGGACCGAUAGGUGUCGGUGCAAUAUUCGCUGCGAUUCUGGCCCGAGCAGAGCUUGAACACGAUAGCACGGAACCUCAAGCACUGGCCGAUAUGCCUCGUCCCGGCGAAGAGAAUUAUUUGAUUGUACAGCUGAUCUGGCCAAUCACCACUUUCCUUGUUAUCGCAUCGAUUAUUGUGCAUGGAUCUUCAAUUGCUGUUUUCACUCUUGGGAAACGCAUCAAUACUUUGACCAUUACAUUGUCGUAUACUACUGCGAAUGAUGAGGGCCCGUCUUGGAUGAAUCGACUUCCGCGCGUCCAAUCCAUGUCAAGAAGCUCUUUAUCCCUCCGAAAGGCGGACUCUGAAGGUUCUAACGAACAAGAAUAUCCUCCGGGAAUGUUACCACCUAUCGGUGUGCCUGGAAACUUCCUCCGUCGUGUCAAGGAAGGAGAAGAUGAGGGUCGGCGUCCACAGAGUCUACGACCAAAGAGACGACGUAAGCGAAUGACCAACGCUGGAGGACCUAUCAGCCAGUCAGCCAUCAUGCCAGCACGACGUCCAGAUGUCACAUCUCCCACCGACGAGAAACCUACGGCGCCCGAAGAACCAUCGCCUGUGAGUGAAGAGGAACGUGCAGAAAGGGACCGCAUUGAACGAGAAGGUUCACCACCGCGAGCGGAGCGCGAUAGAUACGGCCGAGAACCCGAGAUCGAAGUCUAUCAAGAAGGCAACCACCUUAUUGUUGAAGACGAGGAAGGAAAUGUUCUCAGAACUGAGGAUAUCACACACGAGUCUCCGGAGGAGCAGCGACAACAUAUAUUGGAACAACACAAGAAGCUUCAAGCCGACAAAUCUGGAGAGUUCGCCAAGUCCAAGAGUCACCCUCACGAAAAGACAGAAGGAGAGGAAAUACAGAAAGAAGUCGAACAGACCGCUUUCCACCCAGGCCGCUCCUUCCGUCACCUUUUCGGUAACUGGGGUGGUUGGGGAGGAAAAGAGCCAUCUACAGAAGCAGGGCCUUCCACGACCAAGCCUGCAAAACCGCCCCGUCAAUCUGCCCACGCUUAUCAGUUUGGAGACACUAUCAUUGUCGAAGAUGAAGAUGGAGAAGUCAUCAAGAAAUACACUAUCCCUUCAGCUGGAAAGAGUGCAGAUGUUCCAGCAGCUCAAGCUACUGAGUCUCAGGUACGACGAGGUCUAACCAGAAUGGGUACUUGGGUUGGAAAGAGAGAGGGAGAAUCGUCAAAAGCUUCACAAAAAACUGGUCGCAGAGAUGACCUCGAUCUGGACGACGGUCUGCGAUUCACCGUUGCUCAUGAUCCCGCUCUUGAAAGCAAAGGAGUGGGUGUGAAGGGAAGACGAAUGAGCAAGCAAGACUUCAUCAAAGAGAUUAGCAAAUUAGAUCCCAAAGCACGUCGCAACCUGGUUGAGAAGUCUGAUGCUCCACCGGCCGUGAAACAAGUCGCCAGGCACGAGGCGGCUGUACAAGAUACAGUUGAAGAAAAGGCCAAGGAAGACUCUCAAACAUACCCUACAACCAUGCUCGGAGACCCUGUAUCUGAAGAAGAGUCUGGUGAAAGCGAUAGCGAAUCUGAGUCUGUCCGUGAUAUUCCAACACAUGAUGUCGCAGGUGCAUUAGCACAGUUUUCCGGGAACGCUCAAGAACGUCGUCGACGACUCGCGGGAGAAGACGAGCCUGUAUCCGCUUCGCACGAAGAAGAAAAUGACUCCGAAGACGACGGCACGGAACGUAUCCCUCCCUCUGUACGGAAAGCCGCCUCUGGCAUCACCGGACGCAGUGCCCCUUCUCAGUACGACACAGGCGAAACACCCGCAGAACGAAAACGCCGUCUCGCCGCAUUGGGUGAAAUAGACGAUUCAGACGAUGAGAAUGAUGACGAAGAAGCCGAACUCAGUGGUGUACCUCGUAGACCAAGACCUGCAGUUGUUCGGGUGCCUAUCGUCAAUGAGGAAGAUGCAGAGGAUGAGGAAGUCGAAGAAACACGGCCUGCUCCAAGCUCGAUUCAGUUUGCGGAUGGUACUCGUCCGUCUAGAGGCACUAGUGGGAUAUCGGAGAACGGCAAUGGUAAUGGUAACGGAUCCUCGAGGAAUCCAUACAGUCACGGCAAUCGGCAUAGAAUAUCCUGGGGCGGAGAACGUGGAAGACAUUGAAAGUGAUGUUUGGUAAACGUUGAGAUGAUUUUCUUUCUUAUACCUUGUUCUGCAUUCUAUACAUAUGAUUGGUUUUCAGGGUACAUACAUACCGCAUUACAUCUUAUACAUAGUAUUGCAUGUUACUUUCUUGUCUAAUAUUCAUUGUAAGGAGCGCCUAUUUUACUUUUGGGUUUGGCUUUUGUCGUUGUUAUUGACUAGCCUUAAACAUUGAUGAUGUUAUCAUCUUGUCCUUGUCGAUUCGGGGGUUUUAACAAUUGUUUAGAUGAUAUGAUAUUGUUAUUCAUAUCCAUACAUAUCAAUAAUUUUGCGGCUAG